AUACGACAGAAGAAACAAGUGUUCAGAGGCGUUGGGACGUCCACCUAUAAAUUUGUAAAGUAGAAUACUUGAUCAUUUUAACCGAGGAAACCUCUGAGCCAUUGGUGUACUUUGUGACGUUCCCCUCACUAGAGUAUCAAUCACAUUCAAUCCGGAGUUAAAACGAUGCAUUUAUCCAGAACAGCGAAUGCAAGCCUAUAAAUUUAAACGUGCCCAAUUUCAAGGCCCAUCCACACCAUACCUAGAGGAACUUUAAGGACUCCAUGAUGUGGUUCAGAAUUUGCCUUUUAUUGACAGUAGCGUUGACGCUGGUAAACGCCCACGGAACCUACCGUUUGGUUCAUCCGGCAUUAGUGCCCGGCUGGCUCGAUAGGUUUCCCAACUCCAGGAUUCUACUAAACAGAGACUAUUACAAUUACCUCUACCGGAGGUUAAUUCUGCGGGAUCCAUACUGGCGUUCAAGAAUUCACCUUCAUAGGCACAUCUACCCCGCAGUCUUUCGAAGCCAGAGGGUCAAUAUAAAUCCCGUCCUCUUGAGAAGAAACGUUAGAGUCAUCGCUCCACAAGUCCAGCAGACGUCUGUCGUUGGUAUCCCGCCCCCUAUCCCACGGGACAAUCGUCAUCUAAUAGGAAAGGCGGAAACGUUUAUCCGAUACACCAGCCCAAGUCUUGACAAAUACAACACUCCUUGGCAAAAAAUAUCCUCUAGUUACCGAGACUACGGAGAAGCUACAUCCCCAGCUCUGUACAACCGACCCUUCUAUGGCGGUGGCAGUAUACCCUCUGGUUAUGACGACCAGGAGAUCUUUCCCGAUUCUGAUUAUGGAUACGGUCUUCAAGAAUCGGCAUAUUUAGGUGGCGGGGGUUUAGGCGGGGGUGAAUUCGGUGGUUCGCUUGGUAUAGGCGGAGCUGGCCUUGGUGAAUUCGGUGGUUCGCUUGGUCUAAGCGGAGGUGACCUGGGUGAAUUCGGUGGUUCGCUUGGUCUAAGCGGAGGUGGCCUAGGUUUAACUGCUGGUGCAUCCAACUACGAAUAUGUUCAACCAAGACAGACGUUUUAAUUGCUCAGAUUGACUAAUCAUCGAUUUGAGAAAAUGGAAAGGCCCCACUUUUCUGUACAAACAUGUAACCAAACACAAUUAAAAUAUGAAAAACUA